CUUACCUAUGGUAUAAGUAAUAGGUGUCACACAUUUUCGCCUAGCAUAAACUGCAGUAUAUACAAGAUUAUAUAUUGACCAUUAUAAAGACAACCGGAAUGAAUUUAAUUGUUAUAAAAGAAUAAAUAUUAUAUAAGUUAUGCCUUGAAUAGGUAAGGACUUUCACGUGACUCUUUCUAAUAAAAAUCUAAGAACUGUAAAGGGUUAAAGAGAAAAAACGGUAAAGGUGGUAAAAUGCAAAAUGCCACUAACUCAAAUAUUGCUAAAUAUUUCGAAUGGCAUGUAUUCGUAUCCAAAGAAUUAUGGCUUAAACAAAAAUGCGGAAACUUCAUUAACGAAUGUUUCGAACGCGAUAGAUUCACACUUAAGCACCACUGUAACAACUACCACCUUCAUAAGUGCCACAACAAUUAACGGCAGCCAAUUGGAAACGAUCGAUGGAUGUAGCAGCACUCUAGACACUGAAAAAUUCUACUGGGGCCACUUUGGGAUACAGCUGGCAGUACCUGAAUGGGAAGCUAUCCUUACUACCAUAGUGCUCUCCAUUAUAAUAGUUUUAACUGUAAUUGGGAAUGUACUAGUCAUUUUAAGUGUAUUCACCUACAAGCCCCUACGAAUAGUACAAAACUUCUUUAUUGUUUCCCUGGCUGUAGCCGAUCUUACGGUCGCAUUACUUGUAUUACCAUUCAACGUAGCGUAUUCAAUACUUGGCCGUUGGGAAUUUGGUAUACAUGUUUGUAAGAUGUGGUUAACUUGUGAUGUUUUGUGUUGUACAUCGUCAAUACUCAAUUUGUGCGCAAUUGCACUUGAUCGCUACUGGGCCAUAACGGAUCCCAUUAAUUAUGCCCAGAAGCGUACAGUAGGUCGUGUUCUGCUGUUAAUAGCCGGUGUUUGGAUUCUAUCAUUAGUAAUAAGUUCACCGCCGCUAGUAGGCUGGAAUGACUGGCCAGAUGAAUUUACAAGUGCCACAUCGUGUGAAUUAACAUCUAAUCGAGGAUAUGUGAUAUACUCUUCAUUGGGAUCUUUUUUCAUCCCCUUAGCAGUAAUGACUAUCGUAUACAUCGAAAUCUAUAUUGCAACUAGACGACGACUGCGUGAACGAGCCAAAGCUUCGAAAAUAAAUACUAUUGCAAUGAAGAGUGGUGAUAAGGUCACAUCUGCCGUGAAUAAUGCAAGUGCCAGACGAGAUGCUGUAGGCUCUUUUUGUUUGGCAAUAUUUAGUUGCGGCAAAUCCUCUGAGCAGUCAACAUCGCCAGUUGCGAUACAAAAUGAUCAGGACUCUGUUAGCAGUGAGACGAAUGUCAAUAACGAAAUACGGGGUGCGGAUAAUAACCAAGAAACAGAGCAACGUACAGUUGUUGUGGCACAACGAAAAAAAACUCGACGUGCAAAAAUUAAGGAUUCUAUUAAACAGGGAAAAAUGCGAUUUAAAAAACAACAGCAACAACCAAAAAACGAUGAUGAACGCAACGACGACAAAAAGAAUGCUUGUGUCGACAUAGCUGGUACAGAAGAAUUACUGCUCAUGGUCGCCGAAAGUAAAGAGUUCGAAAAUUGUGGAAAAAGUUCAACAAGCAUGCCGAAAUUCGCCUCCGAAUGCACAAAACCAAUCGAUUUACACAAUGAUGACUACACUUCGUUGAAAAUAACGCCACCACAAUCUUCAACAGGUGCCACAUCCACCGUGGCAAUGCCGUUACAGAAAAAACCCGCAGGCGUAUAUCAAUUUAUUGAGGAAAAACAGAAGAUAUCACUGUCGAAGGAAAGACGUGCUGCACGCACGUUGGGCAUUAUUAUGGGUGUGUUUGUUAUUUGUUGGCUACCUUUUUUCCUGAUGUACGUCAUCCUGCCUUUCUGCGAUUAUUGCUGCCCAACAAACAAAUUAAAGAAUUUCAUUACAUGGUUGGGCUAUAUAAAUUCCGGACUAAAUCCAGUUAUUUACACAAUAUUUAAUUUGGACUAUAGGCGAGCGUUUAAAAGACUUCUCGGGUUUAAUUAAAAAAA